CAAUACCGUGAGCGCCCCUGAACAAAAACCGCCACCGAAACGUUUAAAAAAAUAGGAAAAAUCGAUCAAUUCCUUAUCCAAAAACCUAAACCCGGUCCAAACGGAAUUUGACCGGGCCGUUUGUACAUUACCAAUUUUGCAAUAUAUAGAAGUUUCCAGCAGGCUCAUUUCCGAUCGAUCAUCUUCCUCACUCCACUGAACAGUGUGUUGACUUUCUACUAUCUGAUCAGCUUUCAUCGGCGAUUCAUUAUUGUUGUUCUUAUUAAGAAUCUAAGGUUUUGAGAAUGGCGAUGCGAUCUGUGGUUUCACGCGGUGGACUUGGUCGUUUGAUGGAGGGAAAUGGGAUGCGGUCGUCGACAAUCUCCGGCCUCCGCUACUUCAGCGACGAUAAGGGGCGCGUUCUGAGUGAAGAAGAGCGUGCUAAGGAGAACGUUUACAUCCAGAAAUGGGAGAGGGAGAGAUUGGAGAAGCAGAAGCUUAAGGCCGAGAAGGAAAAAGCCGAACACGAUAAAUCUGAUAAGGUUAUUAUUACUUCUUCAGAUUUUCAUUUCUGUUGAGCUAAGAUGAUGGUUAAUUGGUUUAUCAUAAAUUCGUCAAUUCAUUUCCAGUUUAAAUUUUGUGAUUUUGAAGGAGUGAACGAAUGGUUAAUAGUUUUUGGAAUCUAUUUUCUAUUUUAGAAACCUGAAGGUUCAGCUCAGAAGAGCUGAAGAAGAAGUCUGUGGCGGUGGCGGUGGCCUUGAGGUUCCAGAGUUCGAGUACUUUCCUGUCUAAAAUUGAAUAAAUAAUGUAAUCUCAUGAGUGUUGAACUUGAUGACUCACAGAGGAGUCCUUAAUCCUUUAGGAAGGAAUUGUGUUGUUUCUUACUCUUUGUUCAUAUUUGCAAUCACAUGUCUUUUUCUGUUAACCUGGUUACUGCUUAUGAAUAUAUGAACAUCACUGCUUUGCCUUUCUUCCACGUUUUAUGGUUUUCCGGAAGUGUAACUUUAUCUUCUUUUUGGCUCUGAUUUGUUUUAAUUUUCGUUCCAAAAGGUAAGAAGGUUGAUCUAUAAGUCUCUAUCAAUUAUAAUGGUUGAGAUUUCUUGUGUCCAGAUUGUUUCUGUUCAUGGAAAAGUUGUCUGUUCUGAUAAAUCCACAGUUAUGAGCUUAUGAUUCCUGAACAAUGUCUCUGAGUUUGGAGCUUGCAGUUUUAUUUUCUGUAGCCAUUUUCUACUGUCUGUUUCCUUCUGAGCUCCGGGGACUGAUUAUGAUAAUGAUUGUCUCCCGUCUCACAAUAGAAAAGGCAACCUGGUUGUGGGGUAUUAUUUUGAAGGGAACUGACAAAUAAGCUGUUCUAUUCCACGAGUAGAAGUACAGAACUUAUCUCCUCCAUUCUGGGGCUUACAUAGUUCUUCGUUUAACCUCCAUCUUUCGAAUGGUGGUAGCUUUAGGUUGAGAUAACCUACCGAACUUUUGAAUGUCUAGCCAUUAGACGGCACUAUCCGCCUGACCUUCUGAAGAGACCAAGUUAGGUGCUUUUGCCUAUCUAGGACCGGAAUCAGGUGAUUUGCUAUUAGUUUCUUGUAACUGUAAAAACUGGGGAAAGAUUGUCAUGACUUGACGAUGAAGUUGAAGAUCUAAGUGCAUCAAGAUUUUGAGUUCUGUUAAUUUAUAGAUAGCCAAUUCUGGACCCUGAUCGUUAUUAUCGUUAAUGAACUUUGAUCUAAGAAUUUCUGCUGGAUGGAUAUACCUGGCCCCAGAAUUGUUAUGCUCGGUACAUUUCAUGACUGGCCAAUCCUAUUCAUCAUUCAGCCUUUAUAUUAGUUUGGAUUACUGAUAUUUAUGGACAGCAAAAAUCCAACUUUCUUACGUGGUUCCCUAAUGGUGAAGGAGUUU